AUGGUAGUUUCGAAAAAUUCACAGAUGGAACCUACCGGCGCGCCGACCAGCAGCUCGGCCUCCGGCCGCACGUCGGUGAUCGACUCCCUCCGCGGCUUCACGCUGGCCGGCGUUCGGGUCAACAAGGAGGAGCUCCGGCGGAAGGUCACGAUCCCCGGGUACCUACGGCUUGCCAUGAGGGAGGCGAUCCGGGAGAGGAGCGGCGGCGAGGCCGCCGCCGCCGCCGCGGUCCGGCUGCAAGAGGAGGCGGAUCCGGCCGAGUGGCCGACGGUGGUGUUCGUGAAUUCGAAGAGCGGCGGGCGCCACGGGCCCGAACUCAAGGCCCGACUGCAAGAGCUCAUGGGCGAAGAACAGGUUUUCGACCUUUCGGAGGUGAAGCCUCACGAAUUCGUUCAACACGGGCUGUCUUGCCUGGAGAGUUUCGCAAGCCUCGGGGACAAAUGCGCGCAAGAGACUCGCGAAAAGCUUAAGAUUGUGGUGGCAGGAGGUGACGGGACAGUCGGUUGGGUCCUCGGUUGUCUGGGUGAGCUUAGCAAACAGGGGAGGCUGCCAGUUCCACCGACCGGGAUUAUUCCGCUCGGUACCGGAAAUGACUUGUCGAGGAGUUUCGGUUGGGGUGGUUCGUUCCCGUUUAAUUGGAAAUCAGCUAUGAAAAGAACACUUGAAAAGAUAGCAACUGGCCCUUCUGCUCGUCUCGAUAGUUGGCAGGUUUUAAUAUCAAUGCCGAGUAGGAUAGAGUUGGAUACACCUUAUUCUCUCAAGGCAACAGAACAAACACCUCUUGAUCUGGUCUGUAUGGAUGCACGAGUUGCUCACGGUUUCCAUCAUUUACGGAACGAAAGACCUUACCUUGCUCGAGGUCCCAUCUCAAACAAGGUGAAAGAUCUGACAUUUGAUCAGUUUUUCGAAUUUUCGAUGAUUUAUUCUGGAUACAGUUGCACGCAAGGAUGGUUCUGCACUCCGUGCAGCAGUGAUCCCGGUUUAAGGUCUCUGAAGAACAUCCUAAGGAUAUACAUUAAAAAGGUUCACGCAUCAAAGUGGGAGCAAAUCCCUGUACCCUUGAGUGUGAGAUCCAUAGUUGCUCUUAAUCUUCCUAACUAUGGAAGUGGAAGAAAUCCAUGGGGAAAAUUGAAGCCCAAUUAUCUUGAGAAGAGAGGAUUUGUCGAGGCCCAUGCGGAUGAUGGGGUUUUGGAAAUCUUCGGAUUGAAACACGGAUGGCAUGCUUCGAUGGUGAUGGCUGAAUUGAUAUCUGCAAAACACAUAGCCCAGGUUUCGGCUGUCCGGUUCGAGCUCAGAGGUGGAGAAUGGAAAAAUUCGUACAUGCAAAUGGAUGGAGAGCCGUGGAAACAACCGAUGGAUAAGGAUUUCUCGACUUUUAUCGAGAUAAAGAGAGUGCCUCAUCAAUCGGUCAUGAUCGUGAGAGAUUAG